AUGGCCGCGCCCAGCUGGCUGUGCCGCUGUCUCUCCCCGCUGCUAAUGGCAAUGGGAAUGGCCAUGGCAAUGGCGGCGGCCGCCGGGACUGCCGGCAGCGGGGACUGCGGCUGCAGCGCCAGCCGGGCCGCCGGGGACGGGCGGGAGGCGGCGGCGCGGCGCUACUCGGCGGCGGGCAGCGGGCGGAGCGCCGGGCGCGGGCCGAUGGUGGCAAUUCCAGGAGGGGUGUUCACCAUGGGCACCCAGGAGCCUGAAAUCCAGCAAGAUGGAGAGGGGCCUGCCCGGAGAGUCCACAUUGACAGCUUCUACAUGGACCAGUACGAGGUCAGCAACCAGGAGUUUGAGAGAUUUGUGAACUCUACAGGCUACAUCACUGAGGCAGAGAAGUUUGGUGACUCCUUUGUGUUUGAGGGGAUGCUGAGUGAAGCAGUGAAGGCUGACAUCCACCAAGCAGUGGCAGCUGCUCCCUGGUGGUUGCCUGUGAAAGGAGCCAGCUGGAAGCACCCUGAGGGCCCUGACUCCAGCAUCUCCAGCAGGAUGGACCAUCCAGUCCUUCAUGUGUCCUGGAAUGAUGCCCUGGCAUUCUGCACGUGGGCAGGGAAGCGUUUACCAACAGAGGCUGAGUGGGAGUACAGCUGUCGAGGGGGCCUUGAGAACAGGCUUUUCCCAUGGGGCAACAAAUUGCAGCCCAAAGGGCAGCACUAUGCCAAUAUCUGGCAGGGAGAAUUCCCCACCAAUAACACAGCAGAGGAUGGGUACAAGGGGACUGCACCUGUCUCUGCCUUUCCCCCCAAUGGUUUUGGCCUCUACAACAUGGUGGGGAAUGCCUGGGAGUGGACAUCUGACUGGUGGGCUGUGCACCACUCCCCCCAGGACCUUCACAACCCUAAAGGGCCGGCCUCGGGCACGGACAGAGUGAAGAAGGGUGGAUCCUACAUGUGCCAUAAGUCCUACUGCUACAGGUACCGCUGUGCAGCUCGGAGCCAGAACACCCCCGACAGCUCCGCGUCCAACCUGGGCUUCCGCUGUGCCGCCACCACCGCCCCCGAGCCACGCUGACACAGGGAGCUUCCUCGGCCACAGGAAGGCCUGGAUCCCACCCCAGGGAGAAGAAAUGUCAGCAGUGUCCCUUGCUGAUGACACACAGUGGAAAAACCUUGCUUGAAGUUCCUGCUGAGGGAAGAAAAACCAGCACGACUAAACAGCGCUUGGAGAACCUUUGUGUUCACGAGCAAGCUGGCCUGGAUUUAAAUCCUGACCAGAGUGUUUUGGAUUCAGCUGGAACAAAACUGAGCAGAAAUAUGCCAGUCAUGUUUUUUAAGAUUACCUGAUCCCAGAAUGACUUAGGCUGGAAAAGACCUCCAGAAUUAUUGAGUCCAAGCCUUGAUUGAUCACCACCUUGUCAACUACAACAGGUCCUCUUUAGACAAGAUCUUAAUUAAUUUUAUUUAUGUAGAGCUUCCACACUCAAAUGCAAUAAGUUUAUAAACAUCUAGACAGCUUUAAAAGAAAUUCUAGCAAGUUAGGAAACUCUAGGCAGCCUUGAGAGGGAUUGAAGGAGUCAAGAUUGAGGGCUGGGAGAUGACAGAUCUCCCCACAGGCAGCUCACACAGCCCUUUGUUACAUUCCACAAAUCAUGUCCAGAAAUGGGCUUCUUCUGGGGCUGCUCUUUAGGAAGUGCCUUCUGCAGCUGAGAGUGAUGAUCCUCAGGGUGACAAUGAUUAUUUGAAAUCUUGUACAUAUUUGAAUAAAAUAUCAAGCAUUUGUUUAUGCCAAAGAGUUUUUAUUGAUGGAAAACCACGAUUUCCUUUUAAUUUCUUGGAUGUGGUGUAGGCUUAUUUUAGGGUCUUGGAAAAUGCCAUACUGUGGCCUCAUUAGAAACUGAAGCUAAUUAAUGAUUCCACUUGAAUAGAAGUCAUGGAAGUGAUGGUAGAAGGAACUGGUGAGCCUUAAGACCUAACAGGGUAAAUUUCUAAAGUUCUUUGUUGAAAAUAAAAUUCCUCACUAAAAAGGAGAGGAAUUUUAGCAAGCAAGUAGGGAAACGGGAGCAAUUGAAAGCAACCUUGUUUUGGGAUCUGAAUUUAACAGUGGAUUAACAAGAGCCUUGUCACUGAUGCUGGUCCUUGCCAGUGUUGUCUUUGCUGUAGAAAACUGGGUUUGAGUUUACUGCAAAUCCAUCACCUGCCAGCUCCUUCUGCACUGCUUUCAUGUUGAAAAGAUAAGAUGAUGUAGGAGAAUGCCUGGGGAGUCUUUCACCAAACACCAGCCUCCAGUGGGGUCCAGGUAAGCCCAGCAAGCAGAGAAAUUCAUUCCAGGACACAGCAUCAUGUGGCACAAUAUUGAGAUAUUGAUAAUUAAUACUGUGCUCAGAGAAGAAAGGAGGAGAGAGGAUGAGAGGAGGCUCAGAGAUUUUUGAGCUCUUUGACUGGAUUCAUUGUGGAAGA